AUGUUUGAUGCUUACCUGGAUGCGCUAAACAGUGUUGGGCAAAAACGCCAGCGCAGCCCUGCUACGUCUGGGGCCAAAACCAACCCUAUACCUACGAACUUGCCGCCAGAGGGCUCACCGCCGCAGGCGACGGAGGCAGAUCAUGAGGCGGACGAUGGCGACUCAAAAAGCUCUACUUCUUCGGAGGCCAGCGACGUCUCCGACUUCUUCGACACGCUCACGGAGCUGUACCUGUUUUUCCGUGACGCGGACUUAUCACGCCGUGAAGUCAACAGACUGCUUAACAUAUUCCGUAACCCUCAGUUCAGUUUGAAGGAAUUACGCAAGUGGCGCAGCUACGCCGACGUGAAGCGAUGGGGGAAAGAGCGUGCGCCGCCAGAUAUGGUUCCAUGGAAAACAGAGCAUAUCGUCGUGCACGGGCCCAGAGGAAUGUCCCAAAAGCUUCUCUUGCACUUCCGCGACACAGAGCUGCUUGUGAAGAAGCUAGUCCGCAUUUUUUCGCGGAGGAAGGGUUUCGUGUGGAAGCCACAGGAGAAGUACAACGAGAAGGGGAAGCGCGUUUUCGAGGGGCCAGAAACAGGCACGUGGAUGCACGAGGCGCAGAAAGAGAUCAAGGACGACAAGGCUCUGAUUCUCGGGGUCAUCGUGUACAGCGACAGCACUCAGGCGUCGCGCAACGGGCGGCGGAAUGCGUGGCCUGUUCUGAUAUCGCUUAUUAACAUUCCGGAGGAAUUGAGGUGGUUUGAUCUGGGCCACACUCUUGCGGCAGUGUUGCCAUUCUGUCCGGAAUGGGCUAGUCCGACAGAGAAGGCCCGUGUUUUCCAGGAGGCGCUGAAGAUCAUCCUAGGACCCCUGAUGCGGGAAACCGCAAGUGCUCCUGUGAGGUACUUUUAUGUGACAGACGCCACCGGCAAUGUGGUCAAGGCGGUACCUUGCCUCUAUGGGUACCCUGGUGACUAUCCAGAGAACAGUAGGGCCUCAGCCACGCUGCAGACGGGCACUCAUCGCCCCUGCGCUAACUGCUAUGCAGAAGUGGGAGAGCUGAAACGGCUGACUGCUAAAAUAGAUCCACGCACACCUGAGCGGCAGAAGGACAUUUGCGUGCUGGCGCGGUGGAACUUUGGGAACACCACCUGGGGGAACGUCUACCUCGCAUGUUUGGCUGACAUUUUACACGUGAUGGACUCUGGUGUCUUCGUACACAUGAUGGAAGAAUACCUUUCCCCCCUGGGGAAAGUCGAGAUCCGCAUCCUGGAGAGGCGGAAGAAGGACCUCAAGAGCGAUACUCCAAGUGUGCUGCUGCGGAUUCCUGGGGGAUCAUCAUUCUUCCUUUCUGGUGCCCACUAUGCGGCGUUCGAACAUCGUGCCAUGAUGCAAAUCAUGCCGAUCCUCAUUGCGGAUUCUAGUGCAUUGAAGAAGGGCGAGGCGGAAGAGUUGAGGGCGCUGCAGGUUAGAGCAUUCCGUUAUUACGCCCUGUUCUACAAGGCGUUUUUGGGAGUGGCGGCGCACACCCGUGCCACGCUGAAAGAGGCCAAGCAACGUGCUGUUGCAACCUCUGAGCUGCACAACUGUUUGCUAUGCAGGUUGAUGGAGCUGCUGCCCAAAGCUUUCCCGGACCAGGCGUCAAAGUGGGAAAUUCCCAAGAUCCACAUGAUCAAGCAUCUUCUCGAGAACGUGGAAGCAAGGGGGAUGCCACACCACUACAGCACGGAGAUGUGGGAGCGCACUCACAAGGGGACAGUGAAGGGUCCCGUGAGGGGGAGCAACUGGGCUGACAUUCCGAGGAGAAUUGUGGAUGAGGAGAUGCAGCGGGAGAUUUACAGAGAAGUGGCUCUCGAUGCGGGAGGAGGUCGGCAGUACGUGUCAGCGCUGCGUGUGGCCGUGGAAGAGAUGGAGCCAGUGCUAACGAAGAAGUUCAGGGUCAUGCGCCUCGGAGGCACCGCGGACAAGGUGUUUGCCGAGUACGCAGCGGUAUUUGGGGAUCAGAUGGCGGGCCUACCAGGUCAGCUGCGGGAGAUGCAGUUGAACCCUGGCAGUGUGCAGACACACACAGCAGUGGCCAUACCACGUACGCAGGGUGGGGUGCUUGUGGCGAAGGGGACGUUCGUCAAGGCGUCCCCGCGAGAGAACCUGUUCUCAGAUGUGGCACUCCUGGCUCCUGAAGGCGGGGAUUGGUUUGCUAGAUGCCUAUGUAUUUUCAAGGCGUUGAACGCGGAGGGCAAGUGGACUGGGUGUGCCUACGUGAGUGUUCAGUUGGAGAGCGAUUCAGUGGUUGCUGCACAUGUGGAGCGCCUAAAAGGCAGCACAUGUGGUGGUGGAGAUAUGAGCUCGGUGAAGCCCCCGUUGAAGGACAUCGUACAGAAGCUGAAAGUGCUCCCCGACGAUGUGUUUCUGUUUGUGGAGAUACCGUUUAUGCCCAGCCGGUUGCCGAAGACCAAGAUACCGGGGAGGAACGGAACCCCGUGCGACCGGAUCAUAAGUGUCGGCUUCUUGUACAAUGCGACGGGGACCUGCACCACGGUGCCCCUUGUGGUGUUGCGCCAUGACGAGCGCCCCGAACCUAGGCGCAGCGGGGAUCCUGCACCGGCGGUGAUUGUGCGCUACACGAAGAGUGGGCGCCUCACACCCGAGGUGUUUACCGAGUUUUUUCAGACAAUUGAUGGGGUGCAGCUUAGCCGUGGAAGGAAGACGGUUGUGUUCACCUACAACACGGCGCACCGCAUUACCGCGAAUGACGCGGAGACCACGGUGGAGCAUGGGCUGACUAUGGUGCAUUUCACGCACACACGCUUUGUGGACCUGACAGACGUUGUGCACUGGUCCAGUAUGCCGUUUUUGCACGGCGUGGUGGACGCUUUCAAGGCUGAGUAUCGUGUGAUACUGAUGAGACGCGCGGUGCGGUCCAAUCUGUUCCACGAGGAUUUCGAAGCGCCGUUUUCCCUGGUGAAUUACGGUGUUAUGCUGCUGUGGGUGGGCUUGGCAUGGAAGGCGCUGACGGCGGCAACGAUGCAAAGGAGCUGGUGGAGGGCGGGAUGCGUCCCGGAGUCAUGGUGGGAGCUGAUGUGGCACCUGCACGGCAUGUACUCGGCCGGCAUGUACGAUCCCCUGGUCUCUACCACGGCGGACCUCCUGGUGCUGCUACGUGAGUUCCGUGUGCGGCCGGCUAUUUAUAUGCCGGUGUCCGAUUACGUGACAUGCGAUGAGUGGUUAAUGGAGAAGGCUGGUGUGAAGUUGGUGACGCCCACGACGCCGACGUCUUCAGGGGACGAGGGCGAGAUGUGCCUGCCGGAUGGGCCUCUGAUGCGUGACGAACGAAGCCGACGACGUGCCAUCCGCAAUGUGACGAACGCGUACGUGUGUCACGCGGAGGCGCUGGGGAUUGCUCCUGCGGAGGUGGCGACUGUCGUUGGCGCCUCUGAUGGAGAGGUGGUUAGCCGCCUAAGCCGCACACCGAAGAAGCGAGCGCGCAGUUCGGGGUCGUCGGACAGUGGGUCCGUGUAG